AUGUUCUUCCACAUCGUCAACAGAUCGUCCUUUAUACGCUCAGCACACACUCGCCAUCUAGGACUCGCAAAGCCUACUAAUGUCAUCUUCAGGCGCAACAUAGGCUUCAUCAAAGUCAUCGCCAGAGCCACCAAGAUCCCAGCUUAUAUUGGUGGUACCAUGGCCGCUGGCGGAACCUAUGUAGCUUACAAGGUUGAACAAGCUCAGCAAUAUACCACAGACAGAUUCACUGCAUUCAAAGAUUUCACCAGUGACCUUUUUGACAAGACUGGUGAUGCCCUAAAAGGCCUUGGUGGAGAUAAAUCAGGAGCCGGCUCGGGAGGUGAAGGAGGCGGCGGUGGUGCCAAUGGCUCAGAUGCAGCUGCUGUAGGUGCAACUGCGGCAGCUGUGGGUCUAUCAUCAGAUGAGGAAGAAACGGCUGCCGAAGAGGAGGAAGAGACGGAAGAGGAUGAAGAAACUCUUAUCGAUCAAGAUGAUGAUGAACCACUUGAUCUUGAGAAUGAUGAGACGACUGAUGACAUGCUUAAUUUGACGAGGCAAAUGAUAGAAAUAAGAAACAUUCUCACAGCCGUGGACCCACAAUCAGAAACUCUCAAGCUCCCUCUGAUUGUUGUUGUUGGAUCACAAUCCAGCGGUAAGUCUUCUGUGUUGGAGGCCAUUGUGGGCCAGGAAUUCUUGCCAAAGGGAAGUAACAUGGUUACCAGGCGUCCUAUUGAGCUCACCCUUGUCAACUCUCCAGACUCUGCCAGUGAGAUUGCAGAGUUCCCUGCCUUGAAAUUGUUUAAUUUAUCAGAUUUCACUCAGGUGCAGAAGACGUUAUUCGACUUGAACAUGGCUGUUCCAGCAAGCGAAUGCAUCUCAAAUGACCCCAUUCAAAUGACCAUUAGAUCUCCAAAGGUGCCGGAUCUCUCGUUAGUUGACUUACCGGGCUAUAUCCAAGUUGAAGCAGCCGACCAACCCUUGGAGCUCAAACAAAAGAUUCGGACUCUCUGUAACCGUUAUCUUGAGGCCCCUAAUAUCAUUCUUGCCAUUUCCGCUGCGGAUGUCGACUUGGCUAACUCAUCAGCAUUAAGAGCUGCUAAGGUAGCCGACCCGUUGGGCGAAAGAACGUUGGGUGUUAUCACCAAGCUUGACUUAGUCGAGCCAGAGAAAGCUCGUGCUAUUUUGCUUAACAGGAAGUAUCCAUUGAGAAUGGGUUAUGUUGGUGUGGUGACUCGUGCUCCAAAUAGUGGUAAGUCAGGCUCUGGUGGAUUAUUUGGCAGAAAGGCACUUACAGGAUUUCAAGCUUACGUUGCCCAGCAGAACUUCGAGUACCAAUUCUUGAAGGACAACAAAGAAGCAUUUAUCGGCACAGUGACUGGAUCAAGGAAUCUCAAGAAGAAACUCAUGAAAGUUCUCGAGAAGUCCAUGUCAGCCUCAUUAAGACCAACUCACCUUGCAAUUCAGCUGGAGUUGGAGGAAACUGCCUACCAGUUUAAGGUUGAGUUUAACGAUCGUUCCCUUACCCCUCAGAUGUAUCUCGCUAAUAAUAUCGAUCUUUUAAAGGUGGCCAUUAAAGAACUCAGUCAAAAGUUCUCAAGAAAUGAGUUGAAGGCUCUUCUUAAGAAUGAACUUGAUCAGAAAACAUUGGACCUUCUUGCCGAGAGAUAUUGGAAUAAGCCUUUUGAAUUGAGAGGAGGAGAUGGCUAUGCAUCUGCCGAGCCAGACUUGCGUGAACUCUCGCAACUUCUGACAGUAGAUGAAGAAAGCUAUUGGCACAAGAAGCUCGACCUUGCAAGCAGCUCGCUCACCAAACUUGGGGUUGGCAGGCUUUCCACAGCUAUGUUGACAAAUGCCAUAGUGACGGAGAUCAAUAAUCUCGUUGAUAAAACCCAGUUGGCUAAUCAUCCAAUGGCUAGAAAAGCUGUUGAGGAUGCGGCAAAGGCUGUACUUAAGUCAAAAUACUACUCGACAGCUGACCAAGUUGAGAACUGUAUUAAGCCAUACAAGUACGAAGUCGAAAUCGAAGACAGAGAGUGGAACUCCAGUAAGGAGUCUGCCGUUAGCCUUUUGAAGGAAGAACUCAGGCAAUGCGACAACGUCUAUUCAUCUCUCCGUAAGCUGGUGGGUGGACGUAAGUUGCAACAGAUCGUCACAUACUUGGAAAAGCUUAAUGGAGAGAAGCGCACGGAAAUCGACGACUCAAAUGAGACCCUCGGAUUCUCCAAGACUUUAAUUGAGAGAGGAAAGUAUGCAAUUUUCCUCAAAGAACGCAUGAAGCUCUUGAAGAUGAGAUACCUGUUUGUCAAGAACCUGAAGAAAUGCAAGCUGAAGGAUAAUAAAUACCAAUGUCCAGAGAUAUUCAUGGACGCCGUAUCUUCGAAGUUGACAUCAACUGCGAUCUUAUUCUUGAACGUGGAGCUUUUGAGUGAUUUCUAUUACAAUUUCCCAAGAAAGCUUGACGAGGAGUUCUUCGGCAACUUGUCCAGAGAACAGAUGGAGAGUUUCGCCAAAGAAGAUCCAAAGAUUAAGAAACACAUCGAACUCCAAGAAAGAAAAGAUCUCUUGGAGGAAGCCAUGCAAAAGAUCGAGAGCAUUUUAGCAUUUCAACGACAAAAGGUGGAAGACAGGCCUCAAGGCAAAUGGUGGUGA